GAUCACGUUAGUUUGGCAUGUGUAUAUAUUUAAUAGAAAACCACGUGAGAAAAAAAAUAUAAUAAAGUGCACUUUGCCCUAUAAAUUGUAUCAUAAAAUGCAAAGAAUACACAAGAAGACAGAGAGAAAAAUAAUAGAUGGCGGUGAGGAUGAAGGGAUGCUAUCUGGUGAAGCCAGCAGAACCAACAUGGAAUGGCUUCCAAUCUCUUUCGGAAUGGGAUCAAACUGGUCUCAUUACUCAUGUACCAUCUAUAUACCUUUACCGGCCAUCCCAAAAAUGGAGUACAGUGGCCGAUAUCACUAACACCCUUACACAAUCGUUGAGUAGAGCUCUUGUUCAUUUCUAUCCAUUGGCUGGUCGCUUGCGGUGCCUCCCAGGAGGUCGUCUCGAGCUCAACUGCAAUGCCGAAGGUGUUCUGUUCACCGAAGUCGAGUUCGAUUCCGAACUCGAUGCCUUGGGUGAUUUAUCUCCUUCAUCAGAGAGUUGUCAUCAUCUCGCCCCAGUUGUAGAUUAUACCCGCCCAAUUCAUGAACUUCCACUUCUGGUAAUCCAGCUCACUAGAUUCUCUUGUGGCGGCAUUGGCCUCGGCUUGGCCAUUUCACAGGCAGUUGUUGAUGGCCCAAGUGCGAUGCAUUUUUUCUCUGAGUGGGCUGGUCUUGCUAGAGGCGAACAGUUGAAAACAACACCGCUUCUUGAUCGGAAGUGUCUCAGAGCAGGAGAUCUCCCACUCGGGUCUCCAUGUUUCAACCAUGUAGAAUUCGAUAGCCCACCAAUCUUGGUUGGGCAAUCGAACUGUAACGAAGAGAGGACAAAGGAAACCACUGUGGCCAUGCUAAGAGUCACCAAAGAACAGCUAAAAAAACUCAAGAGGAUAGCGAACGAUGGUCGAGAUAGCAAGACUACUCGUCCCUAUACUCGGUACGAGAUGUUGGCUGGACACGUCUGGAGAUGUGCAUGCAAGGCCCGGAAACAUAGUAAGGAACAGGCAACGGCUUUAGCCAUUAGUGUCGACGUGCGGAAUCGAAUAGAACCGCGGAUACCAAUCUCUUACCUUGGUAACGCGUCAUUCGAUGUUACGGCAAAUAGUAGUUCGGAAGACUUGGUGUCCAAACCACUAAGUUUUGCCGCGAACAAAAUAAGGGAAACCGUUGAAAAGGUAACAAAUGAUUACAUAUGGUCAAGUAUUGAGUAUCUAAAGAAUCAAAAGGACUUGGUAAAAUUUAGAGAUCUUCAGUAUUGUACCUUUAACGAAGGUCCUUUCUCUGGGAACCCUAAUCUUAGCGUUGUGAGCUGGUUGAGGCUACCUUUGUACGGUCUUGAUUUUGGAUGGGGAAACGAAGUCUGCAUGACCCAUUCCUGUGACAUCGAUGGAGACGUAUUCCUUCGCUCCGAUCCUAGUUGCAAGGACGAUGGAUCAUUGGUUGUUGCAAUUUGUUUGCAAGUGCAGCACAUGGAUUCUUUCAAGAAGCACUUUUAUAGUGAUAUAGGGAGACUGUUUGACGAUAUGGAUUUGAAAGGUCUUUCAUAGUCUAUUAAUUACCUAUGUGUUUGGAUGAACUUUAAAAAGUUAUUUUUGUGUUUAAUAACUUAUUUUCAUUAAAUACAUGUUUACCAUGUUUCUUUAUAAGUUCUUUAAAAAAAACUUAAUA